UUGAGAGCACUCAGCAGUCAACAGCCAGAGCUAGGACGUUAUUUUGGUCUCGCACCUACCAGCUCUUCGUCGCAUCCUCGCGCCGUUUUUCGCACGCGCGCUGGCUCCGCGCUGUGCUGUCCCAGUUCCUGCCGGCGCGUAGCGUUCGCCUGCCUGCUCGCUGCCAGACGAUCGCGUACCUCGGUACCUAUUGGUUUUUAAAAGAGUUUAGUUACUUCUAUACUUUGCGCCAGUCGCGUACAAUGGAGCUAAGGUCGCGAGGCGUCUCGGCAACAUAGCACGGGGCGAUCUUAGCGUAAAUCGAGUAGUGAUCGAGUCAAGAAUAGUACGGCAACGACAACUCUGGGCCGACCACAGCGGGGCGCGAGUUAGUUAGUUCGUUUCUUUCUGACACGCGGUUGAGCAGAACGCGGCGAUUCGGAUUCACCCGUCGCUGGCUCAUUGGUUAAGGCCAAGAGUAGCAAGAGGCUAGACACGAUCCUAUCUAUAGGGAUUCUUGUUCGAAUUUUUAGCCACUCUAGAGGUAGCGGAUUAGGAGGAGAUUAGUUGCUGUUUAGAGAGAGAGAGAGAGGCUGUAAGGACCACUUGAGAGAGAGGGGGGGCAGGAAGGAGAAGCUGAGAGCAGGAGCGGCAAGCGGGUGCGCGAGCAGGAGGCAUGGCGUCUGGGGGCACCCAGCAGCAGGGCUUGAGCCGCAUAGCGACCGGCCGGCUGCACAAGGAGCUGACGGAGUGGCAGAGGAACCCGCCGCACGGCUUCGUGUACCACCCGAGCGACAACCUGCAGCGGUGGACCAUCGACGUGCACGGGGCGGCGGGCACACUGUAUGCGGGGGAGGUGUUUCAGCUGCAGGUGGACUUCCCCUGCAACUACCCGCUGGAGGCGCCGCAGGUCAUUUUCUCCCGCAACCCUCCCAUCCACCCACACAUCUACAGCAACGGUCACAUAUGCCUUGACAUUCUGUACGACUCGUGGUCCCCAGCCAUGACAGUCAGCGCCGUGUGCCUCUCCAUCCUCUCCAUGCUCUCCAGCUGCAAGGACAAGGUGCGGCCAGCAGACAACGACCGCUACGUGCAGCGCAGUGGGCAGUCCCCAAAGAACACGCGCUGGUGGUUCCACGACGACCACGUGUAGACCAAGACAUAAAAACAACGACCCAGGCCACAUCAUGUGAAACUGCUGCAUGCAGUGUUAUUGCAUUGCAUGCUCGUGUUAGGAGGGCGACUGCAGUGCCUUGUCAAGGGCCGAAGCAAAUUUAGUACCAUAGCUGCUGUGUGGUGAUGCUGCAGCCAGCAUAGAUUGCCCUUCUUGGGGAAUCAGACAAUAGGUUAGGGUACUGACCAACAUUUUAGGGGGCAUCAAGAUCAGAUUUGGCACAAUACCACGUUGGGGAACUGCUGCCAUAAUUGUGCACCAGUAAGCUUGCCUGCAAACUGAACCAC